UUGCUUGUCAAAUAUUCAAAAUUCUUGUUCAAAAUAUUGACACAUUCAUUAUGAAAUACGCCAGUUAUACUUCAUUAAUUUUGACUAUAGUACGAUCGAUCCAAUGGUUAAAACGUUGAGAUAAUCCACGACACAACAAUGGGUACAAAACAUCAAAAAAUGAAACCCUUUUCAGAUACAAAUUCAUCCAACAGAAGGGAAAACAUUUCAACCCCUAUAGCUAACAGAAUUGCCGAAAUUAGAUACCAGCUGAUUACGACAUUUUACCAAAUGCAAACGAUCAAAAAUAUUCGAAAUCAAAGUACUACUGAAGAUUCUAAGAUGUAUUUCGAUAUUAAAAUGUUUGAACUCGAAAAUGCCAUAAUGAUUCUUCAGAAACGCCACGAAAAGUUUCAAUCAAAUGUAGCAUCGUUAGUAGAUUAUGUAAAAAACUGCACAACAAAAACAAACAGUCAUUUUGAAAAAAAUGAAUUAUUAACAGAUGAUAAAUCUCCUAUUAAAGAAUAUUUAAGGAAAGAGUCGCCAAAUUUUUCUUCGUUACCAGUUAGUUGUGAAUAUGAAACUACAAAAAAUUAUGAUAAUAAAAACAAUUUCAAACUUCAAUCUAAAUUAGGGGAAGACGUUAAAACGUUUGGGGAUCAUUUUUUUAAUAAAGAAAUAUUCGAAGCGAAAAAGCAAACUUAUCCCUAUCAUUUUUCGACCCCAACAGUAAUGAUGCUUAAUAUUUCAAAACAAGGAAAGGGGAGUUCCUUUCUUAAGAGCAAACUCAAAGAAAAGGCAACAGAUUACCGAAAAACAAAGGAUGACUCUAAGAAAGCAACCAAAAAUGACAAGAAAAAGCCAAGUUCUAACGAAGGUGAUAAGUCAAAGAACAAAACAAAAGAAACGUCGAAAUUCACUGAAAAAGAAGUUAAAAACCCUUUGGAUGCUGAAUUAUCAAUUAGUGAAAUAAAACAGAUUUUAAUCGAAGAAGGAUUUGAAGAACAAAUUACUAGGGCGUAUGAAACCACCGGCAAACAAAUGGAAAUCUUAGACGCUUCUGAACAAAAAACAGAAGAACACUCGCAAGAAAAUGGCGAGAAAACCCAAAUUACAGAUAAACUGUCGAUAUGCACACCGGUCUUCCAGACCAAAGUCAACAAACAGGAAAACGAACCCCAUAAUACUGAUAAUCAGCAUCAGUCCGAAAUUCCCGCAGUUGUAAACAAACCCGAUAUAAAAAAGGCAAAUGCUACAAACGAUAGAAACUUAUUAAUAACAAACUUACUAAACGAAGAAAAAUCGGACGAAAAAAUAGAGAUCGUCAAACCUCAGAUAAUCCGUACUCGUUCGUCUUGGUUUUUCAGUGUAGAAUCAGGAACAAGUGUAAAGUCUAAAUGGAGCAAUCUAACUCAAAACAAGUGUGUACACAAACUUCAAAUAAAAGACAACACAUCGGUGUUAUCCCUCGAUAAAACUAUAACACAAAAGUUAAACACUGUGUCAUCAGUAAGUAAUGAAAAAAUCGAAAAUACUUUAGAAACUAAAAGAUCCCACACGUCAAGAAGUAGAAGCCUAUCAAAAAUCAGCAUGUAUUCUGCAUCAGCAAAUGUUAAAAAAGCAAAUACAAUUAGCAACAAAACGGUUCAGGAAGACCUCUGUAAACCAAAAAUCGUAACUUGUCCAAAUUUGAAAAGGCCACCAAACUUCUUCACCAAAAAGCGAUCGCAAUCCGAAAAGAGUAGACCUGUUAAUACAAAUAACAAACCGGUGAAAACUAGGGAAUCUGAUGGCAAGAGAUCCAACACAGUUAACAUCACCGAAUAUCGCCAAAACAAGUCAUCUGCUCUCAAAGCAUCUCAUACUGCGGCAAAACUGGCUCAAGCUGACAAAAGAAGAGCACGUGAAAUGGCCGUAGAAUCGGACGAUGGAACAAUCGCAUCUGGAUUAGAAUACAGUAACAAGUCAAAAAACAUCACGCAGAAAGAUGUUGCGCUUUCAUUUCCAAAAUCAUGAAAAAUCGUACUAUCGGGCCAGGAGUUUGGUAAAAAAUUGUACACAG